CUUGAUUAUCGUCCCCCAGAGCGCAGUUCAAACAAUACUUACCGGUCACCACAAGCCCCAGACAACCGCAUCAGGCCCUCUGGGGAAAAUCUAACGGAAAAUGCCUGAAGGCGGAAAAUCGAAGAGCAAGAAAAAGAAUGCGGCCACCGCAAAAGCAGUGGAAGAUACCAACGCGCCUUCGAAACAUAAAGACGCAACCUACGAUCCGUCGGAACUCUCGAAUUCAGAUGCUGUGCAAUCCAACGCCAUCGAGAAUCAUGAUACAAAGAGCCAGGAAACUGAAACGAGCAAGGGCGAAAUUAAUUCGAACAAUGGCCCUAAGGGUGGAAUCGGAGACGAUCAGGAAUUGCCAUCCGCCGGCGAUAAUACUGGGCGUACGGACAAUGGACAAACGACACCCCCUGACGCGUUACAAUCAAAGGACAGAUUCGACACCCUUAUACGUGAUAGAGACUCGCUACGUGCCGAAGUGACGGAUAUGCGGAGAUCCUUAGAAGAGAUACAAUCCAAGCAUCGCACGGACAUGGAAACGCUGCAGCACAAACUGGAAGAUGCGGAGAGCAAAAAGGAACACGCCGAGACACAAUUCCAAAAGCUUCUGGAGAGAGUAAAUAUAAUCAAAUCGCAACUGGGUGAACGACUGAAGGAAGAUGCCGAGGAACUUGGACAAGCAAGGCUACAGAUCCAGGAGCUGGAGGAACAGAACUCAACCCUGAAAGAAGAGGUCCAAUCACAGAAUGCGAAAAUAGACCAGAUUUCAGAGGACAGCGAACAGAAGCUGAAGGAAAUCUCAAUUUUGCGAGACAGGACCAAUUUGUCCCAGCAGAACUGGCUGAAGGAGAAAGAGGAACUUCUUGAACAAGAAUCGUAUCUUCAGUCGGAAUUCGAACAGGCUAAGGAGGCUAUGCACAACUGGGAGGUUCUUGCUAUGGAAGAGCGAUCUAUCCGGGAGAAUCUUGGUGACAAGGCUGUGGACCUCGAGGAGCAGGUGGCCAACCUUAGGGAUGCCUACGAAAAGGCCGCUGCCGAACGUGAUUCCCAGAUGGCUACGGUAGAUGGCUUACAACGUGCUUUGCAAGAGAUCCAGACAGCUCGGAAACAGGAACUUCGUGAGGUUGUGGAGAGCUCCGAUGCUCAACUAGAGAAGCUCAAAGAAUCUCUUCAGGGUGCGGAGAAGAAGGCUUCGGACGCUGACCAAGCUCUCCAAAAAGUCCGGAACGAGCUGGAGCGAGUGAAGCCAUUUGAGAAAGAAGUCAGGGAGAAAAACUUGUUGAUCGGAAAGCUCAGGCACGAAGCAGUGACGUUGAAUGACCAUCUAACAAAGGCUCUGCGGUUCCUUAAGAAAGGAAAGCCAGAAGACAACGUGGACAGACACAUUGUCACAAACCACCUCCUGCAUUUCCUGGCCCUUGAUCGGUCAGAUCCAAAGAAAUUUCAAAUCUUGCAACUCAUUGCAGCACUUCUAGGCUGGACAGAUGUACACAAGUUCCGCCCGGUGGUCGUUUCAGGCCCCUCCGGCACGGGAAAGUCGACGUUACUCAAGAGGCUCUUCGCUGAGUAUCCCGAUACUUUUGGGUUUUCAGUUUCCCAUACUACUCGGGCACCUCGGCCGGGCGAGCAGAACGGGCGUGAAUACCAUUUUACAACCAAGGAGGACUUUUUGGACCUUGUAGCCCGAAAUGGCUUCAUCGAGCAUGCGCAGUUUGGAGGUAAUCACUACGGCACCAGCGUCCAGGCGGUUAAGGACAUUGCGGAGAGGAGCAGAAUCUGCAUCCUUGACAUUGAAAUGGAGGGUGUGAAGCAGGUCAAACGCACCGAUCUGAAUGCUCGCUUCUUGUUCCUUGCACCGCCAUCAGUUGAAGAACUCGAAAAGAGGCUGCGUGGGAGAGGUACGGAGACCGAAGAAAGUCUGAACAAACGUCUCGCACAAGCGAAGAACGAACUUGAAUUCUCCAAGGAGCCCGGUGCCCAUGACAAGAUUGUUGUAAACGAUGAUCUUGAGAAGGCCUACGUGGACUUGAGAGACUGGGUUGUUGAUGGAGGCCGAUUUGGAGCAGAGCAAUGAGGACUUGUCGGCCUUCCUCAGGAGUAAAUCGUUGAUAGCUAUCUCUACGUGCCGCAUAAAAUGUUUGGUGCUCCGUAUCUCGAACGCAUAGACAGGCUUUUUUCACAGAGAAUUGAAAUUGAGGAUGUUUAAAU